AUGGAUAAUAUCAGUAUGCCUGGUACUCCUGGUAGUCAACCUCCCAGCUCCUCAAUUGAUGGACCUUCAGGGGUGGAAGCCCAAACUGUUGAGAAUCAACAUAAUGAGCAACCUCCUACUGCUGUUCCAGCCAAGAAGAGAAACCAGGUUGCUUCCAGAUCACCAGUGCGGGAUCAUUUUGAGGCAAUAAAGGACACUAAUAAUGUGGUUGUAAAAGGCAAAUGCAUUUAUUGUGCCAAAAUUUACCACUGUGAGACAAAAAAACACGGGACUUCUUCCUUAAGAAAUCACAUGUUUAGCUGUUUGAAAAAUCCUCACUCCAAGGAAACUAGGCAGUCCCUGUUAACAUUUCAGGCUGUUACAUCACUUACAGAUGGUCAGCCUACUGUGGGAGAAAUAGGGACUUGGGUUUUUAAUCAAGAGUCAAUAAGGAGGGCCUUGGUUGAAAUGAUAAUCAUAGAUGAAUUGCCCUUUAGGUUUGUGGAGGGAAUAGGUUUCAGGAGAUUCAUAGCUAUUGCUUGCCCUAGGUUUAUAGUUCCAUCCAGGUGGACUAUAAGUAGGGACAACCUAGUUGUCUAUGAUGACGAGAGACUGAAAUUGAAGCAAUUGUUAAGGGGAAGCAGUCAUAGAGUUAGUAUCACUACAGAUUCUUGGACAUCCAUCCAAAGAAUUAACUACAUGGUAGUUACUGCCCAUUUCAUUGAUUCUAAGUGGAAGCUUCAUAAGAAAAUCCUUGCAUUUGUCCCUGUUACUUCUCACAAAGAAAAAAAUGCUGUCUUGGGGAUCAUCUACUGUGAGGACAAAGUAUCUUCACAUGAGAUGUAUUGCCCAUAUCUUAAACCUAACCUAGUAGUUCAAGAUAGUCUUAAGGAUUGUGAUAGUUCAGUUAAGAAGGUUAGGGAGGUGGUUAGAUAUGUUAGAAACUCUCCUGCUAGACUCAAGAAGUUCAGGGAUUUGGCUGAUUGGUUGAGUAUUGAACAAAGGUCUUCUUUGUGUUUAGAUGUUCCAACCAGAUGGAACUCUACCUAUUUAAUGUUGCAGUCUGCAUUAACUUACCAAAAAGUGUUUGAAUCUUUGGAGUCUGAUUGCUCUUUUAAGUUUGAUUUGGGUAAUUCAAUUCCUGAUUUUAUGGACUGGGAAUCUGUUGGCAGUCUGGUUCAGUUACUGAAGUGUUUUUAUGACAUGACCAUUAGAAUUUCUGGUUCUUUAUAUGUCACCUCAAACACUUUCUUUACUGAGAUUUCUGAUCUGUACUGCCUAUUGAAAGGCAUGGUAGAAGUUGGUGGGCCAGUUGGUGUGAUGGGGAAAAAUAUGAAGGCAAAAUUUGAGAAGUAUUGGGGUGAUGUGGAAAAAAUGAAUCUAAUGAUAUUUUUUGCAAACAUUCUAGACCCUAGAGACAAGUUAGAGUAUAUGUCUACUCAGUUUAAUCAUAUGUAUGGUGAGGAAAAGGGUCAAACAUUCUAUGACAAAGUAGUUGCUGGUCUUGCUGAGUUAUUUGAUGAUUAUUCUACAUCUGCCUCUUCUUCUGUCCCUUCUGUGCCUGUCCCUUCUGUGCCUGUGUCUGUACAGCUUACAUCUGCCUCUUCUGUUUCUGUUGGGAAGCCACAACAUUUUCUGAAGUCCCAAAUUAAAAAGCAAAGAUUGGAGUCUGGGGGUAAGAAACAAACUGAGUUGGAUAUGUACUUGAGUGAGGGAAUAGUUGAAGAGGAAGAAUCUUUUGAUAUACUUGGAUGGUGGAAGAUCAACUCUGCUAGGUUUCCAGUUCUGUCUAAGCUUGCUAGGGAUGUCCUAGCCAUUCCAAUCUCCACUGUAGCCUUAGAAUCUGCCUUCAGUACUUCUGGAAGAGUAUUGGAUCCUUUUAGGAGUUCUUUAACUCCAAAAAUUGUGGAAGCAUUGGUAUGUACACAAGAUUGGCUUAGAAAGCAAAAUACUCCUUUAUGUAUUGAGGAGAAUCUGGAAGAUUUGGAGAGGUUUGAAAAAGAGUUAAGUGGUGAUGGUGGAAGUGGGAGGUCUCUUGGUUCUACACUUGCUACAAUUCCUUAUUUGACUGUUUAA